AUGAACACCUACGAAGGGGUCGACCCUGAGCGGUUGACCCCCUUGGAACGGACACACUUCCUCGCCCUCGACCGCUUUGUCGAGCACGAGUCGCUGCGUGCCACAGAGCAGCUGGUCCGCCAGCGGUUGGGUGAGCCGGCCGGCUCCGUCGCCAUGCCACCCAUCGGCUCGUGGCAGGUCGGCGCGGCCGACUUGGCCAGCCUCAACUCCCGCCCGGAUGCCCAAGCCGGUGCCGACGGCCUUGCUCUGCCGUCGUCCGGAAGCAGCCACUCUCCGGCGCCUCUGCGGGGCGUCGAGCCGCGGUCAGCAGCCCCGUCGCUCCUCGGCCACGCGAACUCGUACCUGCCACGGGCCGAGAACUACGCCACGCCUGGCCGCGCCUCACCGUCGCUGGUCAAGACCAUCAACACCAUCGGGCGAGAGGCAAGAGUCCACCGCACGCCACACGUGGAUGCCGAGGACGUCCGCCCGUACCCGGGAUCGGUCCCGGCCGCCUCGUCGCUCUCGCGGCUGCUCUCGGCCGCCGACAUCGACGACUCGACCGGCGUCGGCAACGUCACCGUUGUCGAGCGCCAUCUCUCGUUCUCUGCCGACGGCGCCGAGCUGGCAGCCUCGGCCGAUCGGCCCAUCACACUCGACGAUCUCGACAACGCCGUGUCAUCGUCGGACCAGCCGUCCCGCGCCCGGCGGCUCGGCCCGGUCCGAUCGCGGCGCGGCCGCGGCCGUGCAAGCCGUGGCAGCCGUGGCAGCGGCUCGCGCGCGCUACGCUCUCGCUCCCUCUCGCGCUCGCUCUCACGCCCAUCGUCGCUUGCCCGCGCGCAGAGCCGUCACGCUGGCCAGGCCUCGCUCUCCCGCGCCUCGGUCGUCCGCUCCAAUACCACUUCGCUGCGCAAGAUCAUGGCCGCUGCCCGCAAAACCCCGACCCGCGCUCAGAGCUCUAUGCGCUUGCAGCCAUCUCCGGCACUACUUGAGCAGGGAGAGACUGUUCGUGCCACCUCGGCGCUUGCCAUGACCCUCUCAUCCCCGGUCUGCGACGCUUCCCACCACGCCACUCCGUCGAGGCUCUCGCCGCUGCCAAGCGGCAGCCGCAUGCGUGAAGCACACAGAGAAUCACCGCUCCCACCGCUACCGCCUCCGCUCCAACCGCUGCUUACGCCCCAGCUGGCGCCGACGCCGACGCCGAACCCGGCCCGGGCCGAAUCCUCCAACGACGACGACGACGACGACUCGGUCCCAGCUGGCUUCUUCCCGCUCUCGUUUUUUGACGACGCCACCUUUGAUGAGCUCAACGAAAAGCUGAGCCUGCCCAACUACGCCGUCUCUGGCCUCUCCAAGUUCUUUGACGUCGACGGCUCGUGGUCGUGGAAGCCGUGCCUGGUUGUUGGCUACAACGCCGACAAGGCGCUGUACCAGAUCGAGUGGCUCUCGAACCACUCGCUCAAGUGGGUCUCGCGGCUCAACCUCGUCUUUGAUGGCGAGGAUAUGAGCCUCUUUGGUGCCCGCCUUCAGGCUGCGCUGGUGGCUCGCCGCGAGGCUGAGGCCAUGCUUCGCUACAACGUCCGCAUCGACCUCAUGCCGACCGACGGCCUGCCCGAGCUCGACGAUGCCGCAUAUGCUAGUAUUGUCAAGCGCGUCGGCCGCGACUUUCCACACGCCGCCACCCUCACCGACCGCCAGCGCGCCGUCGCCGCUGCCGCCGUCACCGCCGAGCUUGUUGCCCGCGCGCGCGCCGGCGCGUCCGACACCGGUGCUGGCCCGAGCGCUGCCUUUGAGCCCACGGUUGCAGGCACUCUCUUUACUGAUGCCUUUGAGGAAGCCGUCCGCUACCACUACAAGCGGACCAUCAACCAGAUGGAGUUUGACGCCACCCUCCCGUACCGCGCCAUCAACCCGGCCGAGCCGCUGCCCGCCCCAACGCCUCCGGUUGCCAUUCCUCAGCUCGGCACCCUUGUCCUCCCGCACCACGACUUUGCCGGCCACUUUGCCUCGCUCGCCUCGGCCCACUUUCUGGCCCGCCCGAACCUUGCCGCCGCACUUCGAGCCUCGUGGUCGUUCCUCGCCUCGGUCACCGACAAGCCGCUCCUCCUUUCGUUUCUGCUCAAGCCGAAGUCGCGCAAGCCGUCCAAGGCCGUUGCUCUUGCCUCGCUCACAGACUUUCUCAACGACCAAACGUUUUACAUGCGGAACACCGUCCGCGACGUCCGCUACAUCACCAUCCAGUCGCUCAACAACGCGCUCGACGCAGGACUCUCGGCACAUGCCAACGCCGCACCAUACGACGUUGUCGAGCCGGCUGCCCUUGUCCGCCUCGUCAACCUCAUGCUCCGCGACGCGCUCGCCAUCGUCCUUGCCUCGUCCAUCGACGACUACACUGCCACCUUUGUCGAGUACAUCGACGAGCUCAACCGCAUGCACGCUGCGUGCGCGGAAGCGCUUGUCGCCGCCGCAUACGCAGACGCAGACUACGAGUACGAGUACGACGAGGAGGAGUCGGAUCCCGACGAGUCGACCCAUCCCGUUGCAAGCUCCUCCGCCUCGCUUGCUCCGGCCGACUCGGCACCCUCGCUCGCCGGCGCUGCCGACGCUGCCGCUGACGGCGCUUCGGCCAGCUCCGGCAAGUCGCGCAAGAAGCGCACCAAAGAGGAAGACCUCUCCGCUCUUGUCUCGUCCUACGCCGAGAACUUUGUCACCGGGAACGCUUCGCCUGCGCCGGAUGCCGCCCUUGCGCCAGCCUCCACACCCGCAUCACGCAGGCCGUCGGCAGUCUCGGCCAAGAGCGACGUGCCCGAAGACGCUCCCACUUUCGCGGCAACAGCCUCCAAGACGCUGCCACCCAGCCCGAGCACCACCACAGCGCUGGCGCCUCCCAAGGUCAAGAAGCGGCGCGCCCGCACCUUGACCCGUGCCGUCGUCGCGGCCUCGGAGCCGGGCGUCCCGCCGCCAGCGCCGAUGUUCCAGCUCUUUGGCGUGCCGGGCAAGUACUUGCCGCGCAAGACGCCGCUCUUCACUGUCACGCUCGAGGUCUCGCCCGAUAGCGAUGGCUUGCUUGUCUACUCGCCGUCAGUCGAACAUGUCCGCGAAGUCCUCCACCACCUCGUGGACGAGACCGUGAGUGCCAUUCAGGAUCUCCCGACUGUCCAGAUCGACGAGUUUCGCCCGUUCGAGGUCCCGCCGCUCCUUGCGCCCGACCACGAGUCGAGCCCUGGUAUGGUGCAAGCGCGGGCUGCGCUCGACAAGGCGCUCGACUGGUCAGGCGCGUACAUGCGCGGCUACCUCUCACGGCUUGAGCGGUUCCACGUCCUCCUGGCGCAGACCCACACCGAGUAUGUGGCUUCUUUCACUGCGCGCGAGCCCAAGCCCAAGCCGGCCGACUACGCCGACGAGGUCCGCAAAGUUGAAAGCCUCAUUGUAGACAUCCGCUCGCUCAUCGACGAGCGAGUGGUCAUGGGCAUGUUCGAGGUGAGGGUCGUCGAGGUCAAGGCUGAGCUCGAGCGGGCCGCGCAUCGGCUUCGGCGUGCGCUCCUCAAGGCACUCCGAGUCGACACUCAGGAGUACUGCCAAGCCCUCGACGAGCGGUACGCGGCCAUCAACGUCAAGCUCACUACCCAGCCCGAGACGCCCGAGGAGCUGACCAUGCUCAAAAAGUUCAUCGCCUCGCUCCCCAAGGAGAAGCGCAAGCUAGGCAAGCGCGCCGCCGAGCUCAGCGCUCGCUUUGCCCUCCUCGAGUCGUUUGGCUAUGAGAUCUCCGACGCCAUCGCCAGCGCUCACUAUCACAUCCUCUCGUGGCCGCGCAAGCUUGACACCACCAUGGUCGAGACCGAACGCCUCAUGGGCCUUGUCCGCAUCAACAUGACGCGCGAAAUCAAGGAGAAGCUCUCCAACCUCGAGGCCCGGGCCAUCGACGCCUCGAUUGCCAUCAAGAGCUUUGACUUUGCCGACAACCUCGACGACGCCGAGACGCUCGGCGAGCAAGCGGCGGCGCUGCGAACCACGCUCCGCGAUCUGGUCAAGGAGCACGCGCUGUACAACAAGCACGAGCGGCUGUUUGAGUUUGAGCCGUCGCCACUCCCGGUCCUCUCGGAAGCUCUUGCCGAGUUCAAGCCCAUUUACACGCUCUGGUCCAACGCCGCUGCCUGGUUCACCAAGCAGGGCACGUGGCUUGGGCAGACGUUUGUCACGCUCUCAGCCAGUGCCAUGGAAAAGUUCAUUCUCAAGACGUACAAGACCAACUCCAAGGUUCUUCGCCAGCUCCGCGGGCAGCAUAUUGCAGGCGCGACGGCGGCCACCGCCCUCAAGGAGGCCAUCGAGACCUUUCGCGCCCACAUGCCCAUCAUCAAGAAGCUCCGUCACCCGGGCAUCCGCCGCAGACACUGGGCCCAGCUCAAUGAGAAGACCGGCCUCAACAUCUCGCCGCAGGCCGACUGGAACCUGUACUACUUUGUGGAGCAGCAUCUGGAGAACCACAUCGAGGAGGUGACCAAGGUCGCUGACGUCGCCAUCAACGAGUACAACCUGGAGACAACACUCGAUAAGAUGAUUGUCGGCCUCAAGCGCGAGUCGUUUGAGGUUCUCCCGUACAAGGGCUCGGACACGUUCAUCAUCGGUGCCCCCGAUGACCUUGUCACCCUCCUCGACGACUACACCGUCUCGGUCGCCACCAUGCUCUCGUCGCCGUUCAUCGGCCCGCUCGAGGAGGCGACCCGCAAGUUUUCGGCCAAGCUCAAGCUCGUGCAAGCCACCAUCGACAAGUGGCUUCUUGUCCAGCGCUCGUGGAUGUACCUCAACCCGAUUUUCUCGUCGGACGACAUCAACCGCGCGCUUCCGCGCGGCUCGAUGCUCUACGACGCUGUCGAUGCGUCGUGGCGGCGGACCAUGAACAAGGUCUCGCGCUCGCCAGCCGUCCUCUCGGUCUGCGACAACGAGGACGUUCUAGAGGUUCUCAUUGAGUGCCACGACCUGCUCGAGCAGAUCAUGGAGCUCCUCCAGAACUACCUCGACGUUAAGCGAUCGGUCUUCCCGCGCUUCUACUUUCUCUCUAACGACGAGCUCCUCGACAUUCUGGCCAAGUCGACUGACCCGACCCGAGUCCAGCCGUACCUGCGCAAGUGCUUUGAGAACAUCGACUCGCUCACCAUGGUCGACGGCGCCAAGUCCCGGACCGGCCGCCAGCUCAUCGACAUCACCGCCAUGAACUCGGCCGAGGGUGAGUCGAUUGCCUUUUCCUCGGCCGUCUCCACCCUCCGCGACGUUGAGCACUGGCUCCUUGACGUCCAGUCAGCCAUGCGGACCGCGCUUGCUGCCCAGGUCCGCGACUCACUCGCAGACCAUGCCGCUGCUGUUCGCGAGGACUGGGUCCUUGCCUGGCCUGGCCAGAUCGUGCUCGCUGUCAACCAGCUCGUCUUUACCCAGCUCGUCACCCGCUGCCUCCGCGACCGCGACUUGCGCGGCCUCAAGAUUCUGCAGGCCAAGCUCGUCGAGCAGCUCAACAGGCUCACCGAGCUCGUCUGCUCGCCGCUCACCCGACUCCAGCAGCUCACUCUCGGCUCACUCUUUGUCAUGGAUGUCCACAACCGUGACACCGUCCGCGAGCUCAUCGCCCACAAGGUUGUGGUCGAGUCCGACUUUCGCUGGCAGGCCCAAAUGCGGUUCUACAUGGAGGACGACGGCGAGAUUGAGGUCCGCAUGGUCCUCGCCACGCUCGCUUACGGCUACGAGUACCUGGGAAACACCUCGCGGCUGGUCAUCACUCCGCUCACCGACCGCUGCUACCGCACCCUCAUGUCGGCGCAGCACCUGCACCUCGGUGGCGCGCCUGCGGGGCCGGCCGGAACCGGCAAGACCGAAACGUGCAAGGACUUGGCCAAGGCCGUCGCCAAGCAGUGCGUCGUCUUUAACUGCUCCGAAGCGCUUGACUACCUGCAGAUGGGCAAGUUCUUCAAGGGCCUCGCCUCGGCUGGCGCCUGGGCUUGCUUUGACGAGUUCAAUCGCAUCGAGAUCGAAGUGCUCUCGGUCAUUGCCUCGCAAAUCCUUGCCAUCCAGCGCGGCGUCGCCGCAGGCUCCAAGCAGCUCAUGUUUGAGGGCACGCUUCUCGACCUCGACCCAACCUGCACCGUGUUCAUCACCAUGAACCCCGGGUACGCCGGGCGGACGGAGCUGCCCAACAACCUCAAGGCCCUCUUCCGCCCGGUUGCCAUGAUGAAGGCCGACUACGCGUUCAUCGGCGAGAUUCUUCUCUACUCGGAGGGCUUCAAGUCGGCGCCGUCGCUCAGCCGCAAGAUGGUCAACUGUUUCAAGCUCGCCGCCGAGCAGCUCUCGUCGCAGGACCACUAUGAUUUUGGCAUGCGGACCAUCAAGGCCGUGCUCUCCACCGCCGGUGGCCUCAUGCGCGCCUCACGCGCCUCGCUCGGCCGCGCCAUGAACGACGACGACGAGGCGCUCAUUCUUUACCGCGCCCUCUCCGACUGCAACGUGCCCAAGCUAGUGGCCGACGACAUCCCGCUCUUCACCGGCAUUCUCUCCGACCUGUUCCCGACAGCCUCGCCGCCGGUGCCCGACUACGGCAACCUCGACGACGCCAUUCUCGAAACCCUCGCCGCGGCCAACCUGCAACCGGCGCCGGCCUUUAUCCACAAGAUCACCCAGUACUACGAGACACUCCAGGUCCGUCACGGCGUCAUGCUCGUCGGCACCGCCGGAACCGGCAAGUCGGCUGCGCGGUCCGUUCUCCGCGAUGCGCUCACUGCCACCGGCGAGCCUGUCGAGGACCACGUCAUCAAUCCCAAGUCGAUCACCAUGGGCCAGCUCUACGGUGAAGUCAACGAGGUGACCAUGGAGUGGUCCGACGGCAUCCUCUCGCACAUUGUCCGCGGCAUUGUCGAGCGGCUCGCCGAGCCGCCGCCGGCGUCGGCGCCCAACGGCGCCCACCCGCUGCAGUGGAUUGUGUUCGACGGCCCGGUCGACUCGCUGUGGAUCGAGUCGAUGAACACCGUGCUCGACGACAACAAGCUCCUCUGCCUGCCCAAUUCGGAGCGAAUCAAAAUUCCGCCGCGCGUCUCGUUUGUCUUUGAGGUUCGCGACUUGUCGCAGGCCUCACCGGCCACGGUCUCGCGCUGCGGCAUGGUGUACGUCAACGAAAACACCAUCGAGUGGGACCACUGGGCUGCGUCAUGGCGCGCCCGCCUCGUCCCGCACGUCGCUGAGGCCUUUGGGUCCAUCAUCGACCGCCUCAUGACCAGCCUCGUCGCGCCGGCGCUCAGCCUUGUGCUCCGCACUGAGCUCUCGCUCAAAACGUGCACCGCCGGCCUCAUGCGCUCGCUCCUCAUCCUCCUCGACGUCCUCAUUCCCCUGGUGAGCCCGCCCGAGUCGAGGGUGGCCUCCGAGUCGGAUGACAGCUCGGGCUCGGACGACGACGACGACGCCGACGACGACGACGACGACUUUGACAUCGACGGUGACGGCUCGGACGACGACGCCGCCGAUGGCGGCGAUGAACUCGACGAAGCGGCGCUCGCGGCUGCCUCGCUCGCGUCGGCCGACGAGGCAAAGCGCGCCUUCCUUGAGCCAAUCGGCACUGCUUACUCGGACGUCGAACUCCAGUCUGUCUUUGAGUGUGUCUUUGCCUGGGCCGUCGCGUGGUCCAUCGGCACCAUUCUCGAGUCGACUGACGACCGCGCUGCCUUUGAUGCCAUUGUCCGCGAGGCGCUCUCGCGCAAGAAAAAGGCGCCAGCACCUGCACUCGAUCCUCGCGAGAGUGAGAUGAGUGGCAGCAACGACGGAGCCGGUGCGGGCCCUGUCGAGGGCGCUGAGACGCCGGCACCACCGGCGGUCAAGACCGGGCCCAAGCUGAGCAAGCUCAUGUAUCCACUUCCGCAAGAGGGCACCAUCUUUGACUACGAGUUCAAGCUGAGCGUUUCCGAGGUGGGGUGGCGGGCAUGGAGCACCAAGCUCAAUGGGUUUGAGCUCGACGCGGCCAUCCCGCUCUCGCAAGUCUUUGUGCCGACGGUCGAGUCUGUCUCGCUCGGCUUUGUUGCCGAGCUCCUCAUCCGGUCGCACCAGCGGAUCUUGCUUGCCGGCACAUCCGGCGCCGGUAAGACUUAUGGUCUGCGCGAGGUCCUGCUCCGCAAGCUUGAUUCGCGGUUUGUGCCUACCUUUGUGGGCUUUUCGGCGACGGUUCACGCCGGCGACGUGCAAGCGCUGCUGGCGUCCAAGGUCGACCGGCGGCGAAAGGGCGUGUUCGGCCCGAUGCCCGGCAAGUCGCUGGUAGUCUUUGUCGACGACCUCAACAUGCCGACGCCUGAAAAGUACGGGGCACGUCCGCCGAUCCAGCUGUUGCGGCAGGUGUGCGACCAGGGCGGGUGGUACGACUCGGAGAGCCUCGACAAGCAGUUUGUGGAGCUUGUCGACGUCCAGCUUGCCGGCGCGCUGACACUCGGGUCGGGCAAGGCGCCGGUCUCGCAGCGGCUGCUGCGCCACUUUAACGUCCUUUACUCGCCCGAGUACGAGCGUGAGUCGCUCGAGUACAUUUUCUCAGUCAUUCUCAAGACGCACCUCUCCAAGUUCCUCUCGGACAUCCGCUCGCUCUCGUCGAGUGUCAUCUCCGCCACCUUUGACGUCUACGCGGCAGUGAUUGAGCAUUUUAAGCCGACACCGUCCAAGCCGCACUACGUGUUCAACAUGCGGAACUUGUUCAAGGUUUUCCGCGGCAUGCUGCGGGCGUCACCGGAGAAGAUGGUCCACGCCGCCGAGUGGCUUUUGCUCUGGCGGCACGAGUGCACGCGCGAGUUUGGCGACCGGCUGUUUGGUGCCGAUGCUGCUGUUUUUACUGGCCUUGUCGACACCAUCGGAAGCUCGGCGUUUUCGCGGCCGGUCCAGGCCGAGUCUGAGCCGCUCCUCUUUGCACGCUUUGCGCACGAUGACGGGGCCUACUCGCGAGUCCGCGACGGGCAAGGUCUUGUUGAGCGGGUUGAGGCAGCCAAGACCGAGUACAACUCGAUGCACUCUGCGCAGCUCGACGUUGUGCUCUUCCAGAACGCGCUCGAGCAUGUUGUGCGCCUUGUCCGAGCCAUCGACCAGGAGCGCGGUCACGCGCUGCUGCUGGGUACGCCUGGUGGCUCUGGUCGCAAGUCGCUGACCCGGCUAGCGGCUGCGCUCUGCGACUACGACCUGUUCACCAUCGAGCUCAAGUCCAAGUACUCGCGCAACGAGUGGCACGAGGACCUGCGGACAGUGCUCAAGUUGGCCGGCGCCGAGGGCGAGCCGGUGGUCUUUCUCUUUGACGAGGCGCAGGCCAUCGACGAGGCCUUCCUGGAGGAUCUCGACAACAUCUUGCACAACGGUGACGUGCCCAACUUGUUUGGCUCGGACGACAUGGAGAUCAUUUCGCGGUCGGUGACUGCGGCGCUGCAGGCCAAGGGCGGGGCGUCGGCAACGGUUGGCCUCACCCGCGAGGCUGUGUACCAGGAGUUUGUCUCGCGCGUCGGGCCAACCUCCAUCUUGUCCUCUCGACUUCGCGACUUUCCGUCGCUUGUCACGGCUUGUACACUCGACUGGUACGGCCCAUGGCCGAUCGAGGCCCUGCACGCGGUGGGAACUGCGACGCUGGAGCACACCCCGUUCCGUGUGGGCGAAGGCGAGCGGGUGCCACAGGCCGAGGCCUUUGGUCUUCUCUCCUCGGUUGUCGAGGUGGCUGUCGGCAUGCACUCGUCGAUGGUGCAGCUUGCGGAAGAGUACACGCUCUCGCAGCUGUACGUGACACCGUCGCGGUUUGUGGAGCUCCUCAAGUUUGCGCGCGACUCGUACAUGGCGGCGCGGCAGAGCCUGCAGAACGAGGUUGGGCGGUUCCGGUCCGGCCUCGCGCAGCUGGGCAAGGUCGAGGCGCUUGUGGCGACGCUGCAGGAGGAUCUCUCGACCAAGCUGCCUGUUCUCUCCAAGACGCGAACCGAGGUCGAGGCGCUCAUCGAGACGUUGACGGUCAACCAGGCCGAGGCCAAGAAGACCAAAGCUGCGGUCGAGUCCGAGGAGGUCCAGGCGCAGGCGGAGCAAAAGGUGUGCGAGCAGAUGGUGGAGCGGACCGAGGCCGAGCUCUCCGAGGCGCUGCCGGAGCUGGAGGCUGCGCAGCGGGCACUGCAGGAACUGCGGCCGUCCGACAUUGUGGAGAUCCGAUCGAUGCAGCACCCGCCGCCAGGCAUGACCAUUGCCAUCGAGGCGGUGUGCAUUCUGCUGGGCCACCGGCCCAAGAUGGUGGCCGGCCCGCGGCCGGGGAGCAAGGUGCCUGACUACUGGCCAGUGGCGCGGUCGCUCAUGGCCGACGGCUUUGUCAAGAAGCUCCUCGGCUUUGAGCCCGAGUCGAUUACGGCGGCGACGGUGGCGCGGCUGGAGCCUUACAUUACCAACCCCAAGUUUGCGACGGCCAAGAUGGCCAAGAUCUCGGUCCCAUGCGCAAAGAUGACCGAUUGGGUGACGUCGAUGUACAAGUUUUACUUUGUCAACGAGCGUGUCAAGCCGCUGCGUGCCGAGGCCGAGGGAGCCAAGGUCUCGCUCGAUGAGACGCUGGCGCGGCUGGAGGCUGCACGGGCGACGCUCCGCGAAGUCGAGGAGCGAAUUGAUGAGCUCACUGCCGAGUACGUGGCGGCCGACGAGCGAAAGUCAGUGCUGGAGGCCGAGGUCGAAGAGUGCAAGCUCAAGAUUGCUCGCGCCGAGGAGCUCAACGACGGGCUCGGCGACGAAAAGGUGCGGUGGCGGGAGCGUGUUGUUGAGCUCUCGGCCGAGUUUGGUUCGCAGCUCGGCGACGUGCUCCUUGCUGCCGGCGUGGUGGUGUACCUUGGCGAGGUGGGGACGCAGGCGCGACGGGAGAUGGUGGCCAAGUGGCGAGCGCUUGUCGAGGGCAAGAACAUGAUGGUCUCUGCCGACUGGUCGGUGGUCAAGGUCUUUGGCGACGAGCUGCAACUGCUCGGAUGGCAGAUUCUGGGCCUUCCACGCGGCGGGUACUCUGCCGAGAACGCGGUCAUUGCCUCGUCGACGUCCAAGUGGCCACUCCUGGUUGAUCCGCAGGGCCAGGCGAACUCGUGGAUUCGGCGGGCGGCACAGGCCGGGCCGGAGCCUGUGGGCGGCACGGCACCCGCGCCUGCAUCCCCAAGCCACGGCGACGACGUGUCGGGUUCAAACGACGAGGGCGAGAGCGAUGGCGAGCCGAGCAGCGCUGACUUGGCAGGAACAAGCGGAACUCCGGGUGAGAGUGCCGGUACUGGCGGCUCGGGUGCGUCGCUUGGCUCGGGCCUGGGGCUUGUGGUGGUCAAGCCGAGCGCACCGGACCUGGUCCGGGUUGUGGAGGCCGCGAUUGUGUCGGGCAAGACUCUGCUGCUGGAGGACGUCGGCGAGGAGCUACCUGCAGUGCUCAACGAGCUUGUCCGGCGGGCUGUGGUGGUUAAGGAUGGGAUGCGGGUGGUGCGGCUGGCCGACAAGAUGGUGCCGUACACCGAGUCGUUCCAAAUGUACAUGACAUCGCGGCGCUCGGGCGGGUUCCCGCCGCAGCUAGCGACGCAAGUGACGCUUGUCAACUUUGCGGUGACGCGGGCUGGGCUAGAGGAGCAGCUGCUGGCGGUGGUUGUGGCCAAGGAGAACCAGGCGAUCGAGGCUAAGAAGACGACAAUCAUUCGUGAGAACGCGGCGGACAUGGCGGCGCUCUCUGCUCUGGAGGACAAAAUUCUGGAGCUGCUCUCGUCGGCGUCUGGCGACAUUCUGGAGGACGAUGUGCUCAUCCAGACGCUCAAGAACUCGAAGCGGACGUCUAUUGACAUUGCCAAGCGGCUGAAAGAGGCUGCGGUAACGGAGAAGGACAUUGAUGCGGCGCGGUCGCAGUUUAAGCCUGUGGCGCUCCGCGGGACUGAGCUCUACUUUACGUCUGCAUGUCUGGAGAAGCUCGACCCGAUGUACCAGUUCUCGCUGCGGUGGUUCCUCAACGUGUACUCGGGGACGAUCGACGCGACGGCGCACGUGGCCGGACAGGACAUGAACGGACGGCUGGCUGCGCUCAACACGGCGCUCUCGUCUGCGUUCUACGUCAACGUCUGCCGGUCGCUGUUUGAGGAGCACAAGCUCCUGUUCUCGCUCCACCUCGCGGUGACACUCAACCGCGAGCAGCUUGACGACGAUGAGCUCAACUUUGUGCAGCGCGGAGCAGGGUUGGUCAUUGCGGCGGACCAGGAGAAGAGCGUCGACAUCGACGAGUGGCUCAACGACGCAUCGUGGGUCCAGGUCUGCGAGCUGACCAAGCUCCCUGCGUUUGCCGGGCUGGCGGAGAGCAUCAAUGGGGCUGAUGCCGACGGGUGGCGAGGUGUGUACGAGGCUGCGGUGCCGGAGGCUGCGAUGUGGCCAGGCAGCUGGAGCUCUGGCCUCACAACGCUGCAACGAAUGUGCAUCCUGCGGUGCCUGCGGCCGGAUCGGAUGCGGACGAUGCUGGCGAGUCUUGUGGAGGAGCUGCUUGGGCGUGAGUUUGUGGAGCCGCCGCCGUUCUCGCUCGCGUCUGCGUUUGAGGACUCGCGUGUCAACGUGCCGCUCAUCUUUAUUCUCUCGCCGGGCGUGGACCCGCUGAAGGAGCUGUACAAGUUUGGUGCGUCGCGCGGGAUGUCGUCUGAGCGAAUCGUGGUCAUUUCGCUGGGACAGGGCCAGGAGGCGCGUGCGGUGGAGCAGAUCGAGAAGGGCAUCGACUUUGGGCACUGGGUUGUUCUCCAGAACUGCCACCUGCUCCUCUCGUGGAUGCCCGCACUGGAAAAGAUUGUGGCCGAGCUGCCUGACGAGAACGGACGUGUCCACUCCAAGUUCCGGCUCUGGCUGACCUCCAAGCCGUCGCCACGGUUCCCGGUCUCGAUCCUGCAGAUCGGGGUGAAGAUCACCAACGAGCCGCCGCGCGGCGUGCGAGCUAACAUGCGACGGUCGUACGUCUCGUUUUCCGAGGACGAGCACUUUGCGUCGGACGCGCGGCGCGACCCGGUGGCACACAAGCUCACGUGGAUGCUCACCUUUUUCCACGCGCUGGUCCAGGAGCGCCGCAAGUUUGGUCCGCUCGGUUGGAACAAGGCGUACGAGUUCUCCGAGUCGGACUUGCUUGCGUCCAAGGAGCAGCUGUAUCUGCUGCUAGAGGCAAACCAGGACGUUCCGUUCUACGCGCUCAACUACUUGACGGGCGAAAUUAUGUACGGCGGACGGAUUACCGACGAUUGGGACCGGCGGCUGUGUGCCACGCUCCUCGGUGGCUUGUUCUCGAAAAAGGUGCUCUCGUCUGGCUGGCGCUACACGUCGACAGGCGAGUACCGGGCACCUGGUGCCGGGCCGCUCUCAGAGUACCUGGACCACAUCGAUGCGCUGCCGGAGGUCGACUCGGCCGAGGUCUUUGGCCUCCAUUCGAAUGCCGAGCUCUCGCUGGCGGUGGUUGAGGGCCUCAAGCUCUGCGAAGGCCUGGUCUCCCUGGGCUCGGGCGGCUCCGGGAGCGCGCCAGCAGCAGCAGCGGCGACAGACGAGGCUGGCGAGAGCAAGGCCGAUGAGAACGAGGCCGACACGGAAGAGUCGGCCAGCUUCGAGGCUGUGGUGGCAGAGCGGGUCAAGGAGCUGCUGGCGCUGGUGCCGACCGGGCUGGAUCCGAGAGCGGUGCGGGCCAAGUACCCGCUCAAGCACGAGGACUCGAUGGCGACGGUUCUGUACCACGACUGCACGCGGUACAACUCGCUGCUGGGCGUUGUGGAGGGAAGCCUGACGGACUUACUUGCGGCGCUGCAGGGCCGGAUUGUAAUGAGUGCGGCGCUCGACGCAGUGGCGCAGCGGGUGUUUGAUGGCCUCGUUCCGGGCGCGUGGGGUGACGCCGGGUACCUGUCGGAGAAGGCGCUCGGCCCAUGGAUGGCCGACUUGCGAAGCCGGCUCGAGUUUCUGCAGCGGUGGUUCGAAGAUGGCCCGCCGGUGGUGUACGGGCUCGGCAAGUUUUUCUAUCCGCAAGCCUUUCUCACCGGCGUGCUUCAGAACUACGCCCGCAAGUACUCUGUGGCAAUCGACGGAGUCGUGUUCCGGGCGCAUGUCAUGGACGAGGGCGCGGUGCUCGCGGAGCCGCCGGCCGAUGGGGCCUACGUCUCGGGCUUUUUCAUCGAGGGCGCGCGGUGGGACUCGGUCCGGGGUGUCCUGGUUGAGCAGCGCGACAAGGAGCUCAUCUCGCCGAUGCCGCCCAUCUGGCUGGAGCCGGUGGUGGCGAGUGGCGAUGGCGACGGUGACGAGGCCGAUGAGGACCCGAGCGCCAAGAACGCGCUCUACGAUUGUCCGGUGUACAAGACUCUUGCACGGUACGGGCAAGUCUCAACCGCAGGGCAGUCGAACAACUUUGUGCUCGCGGUCGGCCUUCCAACCGAUCGCGAGCCUGGCCACUGGGUGAGGCGCAGCGUGGCGAUGUUCCUUGAGUUGCGCGAAUGA